AUGUUCAACUUGCAAAGACGUAUCAAUGGAAACGACGAAGAUCGUAAAUAUUUAGAAACUCGCGUCGCAAUUCGAGAAAAACUUUUGGCGCAAGAAUUGAAAGAUUUAGAAUCGAAUCUUCGAAAUCAAAGACAAUGUAAACUUACGCUUCCUUCAACUUCUCAACUUCAUGAAAUGGAAUUGAUUGUAACUCCGCAAGAAGGAAUUUAUAAAGGUGGUGUUUUCAAAUUCAAAAUCUCUGUUCCACCAGAGUAUAACAAUGUUGUAAGUUCUUUUUUUCAAUUGAAAUGUUGCGAAAUCAUUAAAGCAACAAUUUUGCAGCCACCAAAUGUAAAAUGUAUGACAAAAGUUUGGCAUCCAAAUAUCAAUGAAGAUGGAAGUAUUUGUUUGUCGAUAUUACGACAAAAUUCAUUGGAUGCUUUUGGUUGGAGACCAACCAGAAAUUUAACCGAAGUUGUGCAUGGAUUAACUUCGCUUUUUACUGAUUUGAUCGAUUUCGAUGAUGCUUUGAAUAUUCAGGUGAGAUUUGGGUUAUUUUCUAUUGAUACUUAGUUGUCAUGGUGACUGGUUUGAACUUUCAAUCGAGAUUUUAUAUUAAUUAUAUGUUCUCGGAUAUAUUCUCCCUCUUUUUGUCAAAAAAUACUAAAAAAAAAAUAUGAAAGUACAGUUCUCAAAUUGAAUCUUCAUAAAAAUCUGGAUUUUUCAUGUAUAAAAGUUGCGAAAAAUGAACUGAUUCAAAAUCCAAAUUAUUAAUUUGCAGGCCGCCCAAAUGUGGAAUCAAAACCGCGAUCAAUUCAAGAGUCGUGCUCGAGAUUACAUUAAUCGCUACUGCUAA